CCUGCUCAUCCGACGGAAUAUAAUGAAAUUAAUUUCAAUAGCAAUAAUAUUUAUUUACGCUGUGGGAGUGGAAAGUGUCCAGGAGGAUUCAUCUGGCUAUGAAACUAAUGUUAAAACUGAGGCUCUUAAUUGCCCCCAUACCAGCGAUACAUGUGAGCAGGAAACUUUUGAAGUUCAAUGCAUGGGUAAAGGUAACGUAACGGUGCCUUGCACUAACUCCUGGCCUCCAGCUACUGGGGGAGAGAAUAUAAAGCCGAAGGAAUUCUGUCUGUUGCCCACAGGUCUGCCCUUAAUGCGCCGCUGUAAUUACAAUGAGUCUAACUGUACUGUCCAAUGGCAAGAUAUGGACUUUAAGAAAGUUAAAUGUUUAAGUGACGUUAAGCAGAACAUCAUUACAAAUGACCUGCUUCAAAUGUUUGAGGUGCUAAAAGGCAGCAUGGAAAUAGACGACGACUAUAGGGUGAAUGUUACAGGCGAAUUGGUGCAGCUCUUGGCAAAACGUGAAGCACUACGUGUACCUGCCGAUUUUGAAUUGACAGCCGAUAUAUUGAAAUUGAUAACACAAAACGCCAGAAAUCAUUCUUUAGUCCCAAAGGUUUUGCAAAUAAUGAAUUUGCUAAUGAAGAGUAAUGACAACGUUAUACGUAGUUCGCAGAAGCUUGGCACCAUAAACAGACUGCUUAAAAUCACCGAAGAUUUCUACGACGACAUGAUUUCAGUUAUGUACGAUUGCAUUGAAAAUACAAAUGGCUAUCGCCACUAUUUAGGCAAUCUUAUGAGCAUUUUUUAUAUAAAUCCUGCAUGUACUUCGAAAUCUGGUAUUGCCGUUUACAGUGGAUCAUCGAAAGCAUUGUCGCCGCCUUUUUACGCUGUGUCUACAAACGUUUAUAUACGUUAUUUGGAAGAAGACUGGGAAGGUGUCUUUUCGGAACCCCAUUUAAAGGCAGCUGUUAUAUUUACACCAGACCUAAGGCUGCAAGUUAAAAAGUUUGAGGGUAGAGAUAAAAUUCUACGAAUAUCCAUGUACAAGAAAAGUCGACUUUUCGUGAAUGCGAAUUUUAGCAAAUUCAUUCCAGACUGCAUCGUCUUUAGGAUAUCAUCACCAGGAUUCUCAGACAAUCAAAAAUAUCCUUUAGCCGAGCUUUUGCUGACUUCUCAAAAAAAAUCAACAUUUCCAGCGAAAUGUUCUUAUUGGGACUAUCGUAGAUGGCAUUUGGACAUCAACGACUGGGAAAUGGACAAUAAAACUAAGUGUACUUCUUAUUAUCUGCCAUCUUUUAUUUCUAUGAUAACAGUCAGAAGAAACGCAUCACAAAGUAUCGAUGUUUUACCCUUGCUCACUACGAGUGACGAAGAUGACAUAGAUGUUAAUUCCAUAGUAGCAUGUAUACUCUCCCUAUUUGGCCUCUUGUGCAUCUUUAUCACUUCGCUUAUAUUCAAGGAAUGGCGUUUGCAGUUCUCUAAUAAACUGCUACUCAACAUCUGUUUGGUGCUUACGCUACUAAUGAUCUAUUUUCUGGUCAUCAAUGUGCCUAGUUUAAGAGAAGCUGUUCAGGACUUGGAUAAUCUGCACCGUUGUAAAAUAAUGGGUGUGCUAUUGCACUACAGCAUUCUGGUAUUCAUGCUAUGGAUGUUGUUUGUCGCUGUUCUACAAUAUUAUAGAUACGCCAGUGUUUUUGGCUCCCAACCGCAUAAACGUUUUGUGAUGCGAUGUGCAAUGGCCGCUUGGGUGUUGCCUUUGAUAGCCACAGGCUUGGUGUUAUACCUGGAUUCUCAAUCGUAUACAUCAUUCGUUGAGAGAGGCAUCGAUAAGCAUGUCCUAUGUUGUCCCGCUGGUCUCAGUUGGUACCUGGCUGUGUUGCUGCCAUUCUGCCUGGUCCUCUGUGCUGAUUUCUGCAUUUUCGUUUAUAUCAUUUGUCAAAUUAACAGCUCUCUGUCAAGAUUUCACCAAACUCAGGAACGUGAAGAUGUCAUCAGGCAAGGAGUUUUUCUUUUUGUGUAUUUUGUGAUCUUCGAUAAAAUUGCACGUGACUCUUGGUUGGCAUACAUUUUUCAUUGUUGUAGAAGUAAUAGAAAUUCGAUGGAAAGAAUUUCAUUUCCCCAAAGAGGCGAUGAUAUUAUUAUGAAAAAUGCAAUGUAA